CCAAGUUUGUAGUUUAGAUGUUUGUGUCCCGAGGCAGAAAUUAUGGCCUUCGUCAUCAGUUAGAUUUUCAAGUCUGAAACAUUUGUUACAUGAGUAAACUUGGAAAGCGGAGAGCAAGUGCAACAAGCCAGGAGACAGGAGGCACGAGCGGCAGUGAGGGAAUUAUGGAGCUACAAAGAAACUCAACACAGUGGAGGAAGGUAGUUGAAGAGAUAGUGAAGUUGGAGAAAAAGAUUUUCCCCAAGCAUGAAUCACUAGCUAGGUCGUUCGAUGAUGAACUCAAAAAGAGGAACUCAGGCUUACUUUAUUUAGAGGUUGAUGAACAAGUCGUAGGCUAUGUCAUGUACUCUUGGCCUUCUUCCUUGUUCGCUUCUAUCACCAAACUUGCAGUGAAGGAGAGUUGGAGGAGACGAGGCCAUGGAGAGGAAUUGCUGAAAGCCGCAAUUGAGAAAUGCAGAAGCAGAAAUGUGAGCCGCAUAAUGCUUCAUGUUGACACCUUAAGAACUCCUGCCUUGAAUCUCUACAAGAAAUUUGGCUUCCAAAUUGAUUCCUUGAUACAAGGUUACUACUCUCCUGAUCGACAUGCUUAUCGAAUGUACUUGGAUUUUGAUUCCAAUUAGCUGCGACAAACUGCAAAGAACUUGAAAGUUAGUUCAUUUGGCCAUGUUUUGGUUUUGUUACAUUGAAGUCCUUUAUAGAUGACUCCAAAGUUGAUGCUGUCUUCAAUUUUUGAAGAACGGAACCGUAAAAUAGCCUAUAUUAUUCUACUUGGCUGGAUAA